UGCUUGCUUAAACAUUUUAUAGUCACUUUCUUUCUCUGCUCGGUUAGGACUGGAACGAGACUCAUCGUUUGUUUUGAUGAACUUUGUUGACGAAUAGAUUUCGCGAACUUGUGUUCUGUGAAUCGAUUGAAAGCUUGAAACACAAUGUUAGGGAAUCAAGAGUCGCAAGGAGAGCCCCAAGAUCAGCUAGCUAGCCACCUGGAACCCGAUCAGGAGGUGGCCGCAGUGUUAGGAAAAGAAGCUAAUUUUCCUCAGUCUGGUCUCCCUGCUUCAGUCAAGAGAGGCUCAAGGUCUUCUUCCACAAAGGAAUUAACUACUGGUGUAAAGUUAGAGCAAGAAGUAAAGGAGAGUCUCAGCAAUGGUGAUACUGCUGCACAAUACCCCUCUCUACAUUUCUUGGCAGCCCAGGGUGAAAUUGCAAAGAUAAAGGAAGAGAUUGACAAAGGAACAGAUGUUAAUACUGUGGAUAAGACAGGGCUGACACCCCUUGCUUGGGCAGCAGCUCACAGACAGAAAGCAACAAUAACAGUACUGCUUAAGAGCGGUGCAGAUGCCACUUUAUGUAGUCCCACUGGAGAGACAGCACUCUCAUUUGCUGCUUGUCAAGGCCAGCUGGAUGCUGUGGAACAAUUGUUGGAAUAUGGAGCUGAUCCUGAUGUUGCAAAUGCGGAAGGAGGUACACCACUUAUGUAUGCAGCUUAUAAUGGCUAUCCACAGGUAGUCAAACUUCUACUAGAACACGGAGCAGACUUAACAGCAACAAACAAUGAAGGUCAUACUGCGCUGAGUCUCGCUGUAGGAGUUGGAAACAAAAAUGUCCAACGUGUGAUGGAAGAUUACCUUCGCUCUAUCUUGGAAAACCGAUCUUCCUUGCCUUGCAGUGGAGAAAUUCAGAAGUAAAUGGAAAUGGCAUUUUACACGGAGAAAAGAGACUGUCGAUAGGUUCUAAUACGUGAAAGCUUCAGUUGCCACUGUAACUUGUUUAUUACAUCUACAGACCCGACAUUCAAAGCCUGUGCAUGGCUGCGUGUCCUUUAGAACUACCAAGGCAAGUUCCAUUGCGAUAUGGCGGCGCAAACAUAGAGAAGAAUUAAGUUAACUGAAAUCACGGUAAAGAAAGUAAGAUUACUUGAACAGCAAGAUCAUCAAAUCCAUAGGCGUACGGGCCGGGAGGGCGGAGGAGGCCGCAGUCCCCCCGCCCCGCCCCCAGGUUUAGAAAUUUUUGAAAUUUUUCGGGCAAAACGCUGAUGAUUCGGGCAAAAGUACUCGGGAGAAAACAUUCUAAAAGGCUGUCAAGGCCACGCUUGUACGCUACUUUCUCAGUCUUUUGCCUUGUAAAAUACCAAACUUUUGCCAAAAAAUACCGUUUAUAACCGUUUAGUCAGGUUGUUUUAACUGCCAUGACGUUAAAUAAGCCUAAGUUUUGCUAAGAAAGCUUUUUUUACUAAAAGGAGAGAUUUUUCUUUAUAUGCGUAAUUCGGGUUCAAAGGGUUAAGGUCAAAUGAUGUAAGGAUCCAGGUAUUCUGUUUUGGAAAAGCCAUAUAACGUUUAAAUGUCUAUCGUGGAAAUCCACGAGAUAGAUGUUAUUUCCAUCAACAAAACAAUGACAAAAGAAUCAGAGCAAACAAAGACCAAGACUUGUUUAUGCGGUGGCUCUGAAAAGAGCCUUUCUGAAUGGCUCCACAAAGAGCCGUUUUAAAAUUUUCUUGAACUUUUUCUACGAAGAAGAAUUAACUGUUUCUUUUAUACGUUUCUGAUUUUACUAGGCUGUCGAUCGAGAUCAUAGAGUAUGCGAGGUUUCAAAAUAACUUUUUGGAAUGAUAACAGUUUCAUAGUAGACUUGAAAGUUGUGAACGUUUUUGUUUUUACUGCGAUUUAAGUGCGUUUGAACAACACUCACGUUUUCGGUCGUUGUGUUAUUUUUUUCGGGCAAUAAGGUCACCGCCCCCCAAAGUCCGAAGGUGCCCGUACGCCUAUGAUCAAACCGAACAGUCAGAGGUAGUGAUCUAAGUAUAAUCUUAUUUUAGUUAAAAUGGAUGUUACUGACUAAAUUCAUUUCUGGUCAUUUCCACUUCAGUUCAUCUUUCAAAGCGGAUUUGAGCAAAUAAUAAAAGAUGUGUUUAACUUG